GUUCCAUGAUGGAGUUUGAACAUUACCUCAAGAGGUUUCAUAUUUUGGAUUAGUUAAUCAUAUUUACCCUCUGCCGAAAACUUUUUUAAAACUUCAGAUUCAAUUUCUGUGUCCUUCAAGACAUUAAAUGCAGAGAGAUUGAACCAUGGACUCCAAGGAGAGCUGCCCCAGUGUAAGCAUUCCGAGCUCUGAUGAACACAGAGAGAAAAAGAAGAGGUUCACGGUUUAUAAAGUUCUGGUCUCUGUGGGCAGAAGCGAGUGGUUUGUCUUCAGGAGAUAUGCAGAGUUCGACAAACUUUACAAUUCUUUAAAGAAACAGUUUCCUGCUAUGGCUCUGAAGAUUCCUGCCAAGAGAAUAUUUGGUGAUAAUUUUGAUCCAGAUUUUAUUAAACAAAGAAGAGCAGGACUGAAUGAGUUCAUUCAGAACUUAGUCAGAUAUCCAGAGCUUUACAACCAUCCAGAUGUCCGAGCAUUCCUUCAAAUGGACAGCCCGAGACAUCAGUCAGACCCAUCUGAAGAUGAGGAUGAAAGAAGUACUCCGAAGCCACAUUCUACCUCACGGAACAUCAACCUGGGACCAACUGGAAAUCCUCAUGCUAAGCCAACUGACUUCGAUUUUUUAAAAGUUAUUGGAAAAGGCAGCUUUGGCAAGGUUCUUCUUGCAAAACGGAAACUGGAUGGAAAAUUUUAUGCUGUCAAAGUGUUACAGAAAAAAAUAGUUCUCAACAGAAAAGAGCAAAAACAUAUCAUGGCCGAGCGCAAUGUGCUCUUGAAAAAUGUGAAGCACCCGUUUCUGGUUGGACUGCACUAUUCUUUCCAAACAGCUGAAAAACUUUAUUUUGUUCUGGAUUUUGUUAAUGGAGGGGAGCUCUUCUUUCACCUACAAAGAGAGAGGUCUUUCCCGGAACCCAGAGCGAGGUUUUACGCCGCCGAGAUCGCCAGUGCCUUGGGUUACCUGCACUCCAUCAAAAUAGUGUACAGAGACUUGAAGCCAGAAAAUAUUCUUUUGGAUUCAAUGGGACAUGUUGUCUUAACGGAUUUCGGGCUUUGCAAAGAAGGAAUUGCUAUUUCUGAUACCACCACAACUUUUUGUGGUACACCAGAGUACCUUGCACCUGAAGUGAUCAGAAAGCAGCCCUAUGACAACACUGUGGACUGGUGGUGCCUGGGAGCUGUUCUGUAUGAGAUGCUGUAUGGGCUGCCUCCUUUUUACUGCCGAGAUGUUGCUGAAAUGUAUGAUAAUAUCCUUCACAAGCCCCUAAACUUGAGACCGGGAGUGAGCCUCACCGCUUGGUCCAUUCUGGAAGAACUCCUAGAAAAAAACAGACAGAAUCGACUUGGUGCCAAAGAAGACUUUCUUGAAAUCCAGAAUCAUCCUUUUUUUGAGUCACUCAGCUGGACUGACCUCGUACAAAAGAAGAUCCCACCUCCAUUUAACCCUAAUGUGGCUGGACCAGAUGAUAUCAGAAACUUUGACGCCGUCUUCACUGAAGAAACGGUUCCCUAUUCUGUGUGCGUGUCUUCUGACUAUUCUAUAGUAAAUGCUAGUGUCCUGGAGGCAGACGAUGCAUUUGUUGGUUUCUCUUACGCCCCUCCUUCAGAAGACUUAUUUUUGUAAACACUUGGACAUUCAGAAACCAAUGAACAACCUCUAGCCUGCAGAAGAGAUGGAAACACCUAUUUGUGUGAAUAUAUUCAGCUAUGUAUAACAGUGCCUCAUUUUUAUAUGUAAUAGUGAAAACUAUGAAAUAUGUAUUUUCUGCUGUAUGCAAGACUUAGGGCAUUUCAAAGAGCUAAGUUUUGAACUGAAAUUUGUAUUCUUGUUAAGCUUAUUUUUAAACAAAAAAUUGAAGCUAUUAUUCUUAGCAUUAACCUAUUUUUAAAGAUAACUUUUUGCUAUUGACUGUUUUUUUCCUGUUAAGUUUACACUAACACAUCCAAGAUAGACUGUUUUAAUAGUCUGUUACAGUUAAGAUAAGAUGUAUUAAUAUCUUUAUAAUUCUAUGACUUUUUUUUAUCAUAGCAGAACUAUGCAAAUGGUACAGGAUGGUUUAUGCUGAAACCCUAUCUCCCCAUGGUAAUUCACUAUUUGUUUCUUAGUAGGCUUCAAAUGCAAAGGCAGAGGGCACACACUGGCUGCCAGUGGGCGUUAGCAGGUACUCACUUGCAGCCCCAUAAGAAAAAGCAAAAAGCAGUCAUUUGCCUUUGAAGUGUUCAGUUCCCAUCCAUCCACCAUUUUUCCUCUAGAGGAAAAGAAAAUAUUUAAUGGCCAGAAGUUUUUAGAAUUCCCAACGAACUGAGAAGUAACAAAAUGCUACCAGAUGUUUACCAUAAAUGUCCCUGUCACAUAUUUAUAUUACAAAUGUUUUCUAUUUAUGUUCCUUUUGACCCUUUGAAGGUUUAGUGUACUGUUGAGUAGGUCUAAACCUUGGUAUAUGUUUUUUGCAAAGAAUUAUUUCAAAACUACCUUCCUAAUUGACCGUGUUUUUAAAAUGACAGAAAAAAAGUAGCCUUCUAUAAUGUUUACCUAGUUGUGAAUUAAAUAAUAAAAUAGCAAGCCUGGGUCAGUGUGAAUGUGUGUCACCUACACAUCCUAACCUGGGUCAGUGUGAAUGUGUGUCACCUACACAUUCUAACCAAAGGUAACAAUAAUCUAGCAGUAAUAUAUUCAGUAUUACUCAUUUUGUAGUGCCAGGGAUCAGACAUGCACUCGUGAAUGCUACUAAGAGUAUUCCCUAUCUCUGAAGUGCACACAUGCCCCUUGGUAUCUUAGAAAUAGUUCAGAAAACUGACUGUAAAAUGACAGCAUGUCAGCUAACAUCUGCAUUCAUAGUGGUACAGAGAAACUGUUUUAAAAGGGUGCUUCUUGGGACUCCAUCCCUGGAAGACAGUUUCCCGGGUCCUUUAGAGGACACCAUCGUGAGCUCAGCUGCACUAAGAACAAACUUCCCUUGCGUGUGUUACCUUGACUAAUGAGAAAUAUUUCUCAUCCACACCCUUUGGCUUAAGUACGUUCAGCAGAAUGGGGAUAGACGGUGCUUCAGUUUGACAGGUAGUCUUUGUAUGCGUGCAGUACACUGGACCUCCCUCACUGGCGAGAUGUUACGUCUACACUGUACAUAACUUGAUCCUGGGUACUUCUGUCAGCUCUACUUUAAUACAGAUUUAUUUGUUGAUUAUAAAUCUAAGACAAAAAUUGUACAUACAUGAUUUUUUACUCUAAUAUCCCUUAAUUAAAUUGCCAAAAAAUUAAAGUGCAA